UACACUGAGUGGAUAUUUACAGAAACACAUGGCAGUCCACACAGGAGAAAAACCUUUCAGCUGCUCUGAGUGUCAGAGGAAAUUUGGCAGCAAGUCAAAUCUGGAAGAUCACAUGAUAACUCACACAGGAGAAAAAACUUUUAGCUGCUCUGAGUGUGGUAAAGCUUUUACUAAAAAAGGAAACCUGAAGAAACAUGUCAGAAUCCACACAGGAGAGAAACCUUUUAACUGCUCAGUCUGUAAAAAAACUUUUACACAGAGAGGAAGUUUACAGUCACACAUGAGAACUCACACAGGAGAGAAACCUUUUAGCUGCUCAGUCUGUAAAAAAUCUUUUAAAUGGAGAGGAGAUUUAUAUAAACACAUGAGAGUCCACACAAGAGAUAAACCUUUCAGCUGCUCAGUCUGUAAGAAAUCUUUUACACAGAGUGGAAGUUUACGGUCACACAUGAGAACUCACACAGGAGAGAAACCGUUUAGCUGCUCAGUUUGUAAGAAGGAUUUUACACAGAGUGGAAAUUUACAAAAACACAUGAGAAUCCACACAGGAGAGAAGCCUUUUAGCUGCUCUGAGUGUGGUAAAACUUUCACUGAAAGUGGAACCCUGAAGAAACACAUGAUAACUCACACAGGACAGAAGCCUUUUAGCUGCUCUGUUUGUAAGAAAUCUUUUACACAGAAUGGACAUCUGAAGAGACACAUGAUAACUCACACAGGAGAAAAGCCUUUCAGCUGCUCAGUCUGUAAAAAAUCUUUUUCAGAGAAUGGAAGUUUACAGAAACACAUGAGAAUCCACACAGGAGAGAAACCUUUCAGCUGUUCUGAGUGUGGUAAAGCUUUCACUGUUGGUGAAUACCUGAAGACACGUGAUGAAGAGGACCAGAACCAGCCAGGAACUCACAUCCACAUCCAGUUUCACAACCAGAGAGUCUGA